GGGCUACCGGUACCAGUCACAGAAUAAGUCAUGUUUUCUGAGUCAGAGUCAUUCACGAGUUUCCAUUUAGCGAACUAAAGAAGGCGAGACACUUUCCAAUCUUCAACAACGUUCUUUUACUGUAAAUCCGAACUUUCUGUGAGUGACCCGAAGGUAAAGUCUUUGAGUUCUCUCAAUCCCAAGAUCCCAACCCAUCAACCGAUCAACGACGAAGCCUUGCCAUUCAUCCAUGCAAGGCUGAAAGCAAGCUGCAACAACCCUUUCUCUGUCUUCUCUUCUCAGCCUGCACAUUGAAGAUUGAAGGACUCCUUGAAGCAUCCCAAGCACUCUUCUCUGUUCUGUUUUGUGCCUCGAUCUGAAACCCUCACUUCUAUGGGUCUCAUCAAAUUUUGUUGAAGUCAUCACAUCCAGCAAGCAAAAUACUAAUACCCACCUGUCAGUGAAGCCACGGUCCAUCUAUCUUCUAUCUAGCUAUCAUGCCUACUACUACCGAUCUCCUGGCGGGCGAUUCCCGUUGGUUCACGUGGAUCCAAUGCGGCAAUGCCCUCGUCUCCACCACCACUGCCGUCUACUUGAUUCCUCUCAUUCCCGACAUGUUUACACUCUUGGACACGGCCGUGGCCAAUCUUCAAAAUGAAACCAAAGACUCCAAAUCCAAACUCUUCACGUUCAUGGCAUUUCUCUGUCACGAAAUUCGCAAUCCACUCUUUGCCAUUACCAGCAGUGCCGAGUGUUUGCAAGAUAGUAUUACGACCAUGGCGGAUCAAGUGGCGAGCGAAGAAGUCCAAAGCAUUUUGGAUUCCAGUCUCCUCAUGUUGCGACUCGUCAAUGAUGUGUUGGAUCUGAGCAAACUGGACAGUGGCAAACUCCAAUUGGAAUGUCGUCAAUUCGAUUUGCACGCCCUCCUCAAACGAUUGGGCGACAAUAUGGGACGGCAAGUCCGACACAAACAUCAGGGAGCCGUGGACUUUGAGUGUCGUGUCGACGCCAGUGUCCCGCAAUUUGUCUUGGGGGAUAGUGUCCGCAUGGUGCAAAUCAUUUACAAUCUGCUCAGUAACAGCUUGAAGUUUACAUCGCGGGGGAGGAUAUCGGUGCAAGUUGCCGCGUUGGAAUCCUAUGCGGCAUGGCGGCGGCAGCAAAGAGAUGAUGCGGACGAAACAAACGACACUGUCACCAUGAGCCAUCAUCGACCCGUCGCAAUGUUUGCCAAUAAGACAACUGAGGACGACGACGACGAAGAAGCGCAAGUCUUUUCCAUGGCCUUGUUGAGUCACAAUCAUCAUCAUCAUCAUCAUCAUCACACGACCAACGACAACAAGAAGGUCGUAUUGAGCAUUGUGGUGGCCGACACGGGGAUUGGCAUUCCACACGAACGAUUGCACGACAUCUUUGAACCCUACACGCAGGCCAAACUUAGCGAUUUCCGACAACAUGGGGGAACUGGAUUGGGACUUUCCAUCAUUUCCAGUUUGACCAAAGCCAUGGGAGGGACUAUCAAUGUCACUAGUCGACCCGGGGAAGGAGCUACCUUUCAUCUUCAUUUGCCCGUGCAACUGCCAGAGGAACAACAUACAUGUAAUACCAAUCCUCUUACUACAACCGCCUCCAACAAAGCCACCAACAACAACAAUAUGAACUAUGUCGGAGAGCUCUUGCCCAAUGAUCAGAAGCAAGUUUCCAACAACUUUUUGAAAUGUCAGCGCAUGCCCAAUUGGACACAUACGUCGUCCCAAGAUUUGUCAUCCAUGAUCAGUCAUCAGGCUGAUGCCGACUCCAACCAAAACAAAGACAACAUUGCACAUCACGAAACGGACAUCACGAAUGGGAAGGAAAGCACAACAACGCUACUACAACCUCCUCCACUCUUCUCCACAACGACAGUAAUACCCCCUCCUUCAAAACCAUCGAGUCCUUCCACGGAGAAUAUGCUGGACAAGCAAUCCAUGUCAAUGUCGGAAAGAUCGAAGACGUCCAGCAGCAGCAGCACUGCCUUUGAAAGAAGCAGGACUAUCACUAAAUCCUUCAAUCUACCUCCCAACAAUCAUGUCGUGUUGGUGGUCGACGACAAUUCGGUCAAUCGAAAGAUCCUGGGCAAAAUGCUGACCACGUUUGGCAUUGAACAUCGCAUGGCUUGUAAUGGUCAAGAAGCCGUUGAUGCACUCCUGGCCAGUCGCAAUUACUUGCCUGCCACGCAGUGGUAA